CAGGGGCGGACUGACCAUUUGGAAACUCGGGCAGUGCCCGAGGGCCCGGGGUCAGUAGGGGACCCCAUGAGAUGCCCCUGGUACCUUUUUCAUAGGCUUUUUUGAGUUUGGGCAAGGACACAGGGGCCCCAUGAUCCCCUAUUGCCCGGGGGGCCCAUGAGUUGUCAGUCCGCCCCUAAUCCGCCCCUGCAACCAUGGUAUACUUUCCUGAUCUGUGUAUUGCUUUUGCACAGAGCAGCCCCAAUCUUCCUCUUCUCAGUACCC